UUCUUCAUCGCCGUUCGGUCGUCGUCUCGAGAUCGACUGGAGAGCUGCGGCGACGGCGAGCGCGGAGGCUCUCUCGGUGCGUUCACUCUCUCUCGUUGGGACCGGAGCUCGAUCCUCGCCGCCGUUCGGAGCUACCUGGUGAAGUGCGCGAUUUGAAGGACGGGUAGGAGGUAGAGAGAGGGAGAGGGAGAGAUGGUGAAGGUGCGGAUGAACACGGCCGAUGUGGCCGCGGAGGUGAAGUGCUUGCGCCGCCUGAUCGGCAUGCGCUGCUCCAACGUCUACGAUCUCUCUCCCAAGACGUAUGUGUUCAAGCUUAUGAAUAGCAGUGGAGUGACGGAAUCGGGAGAAAGUGAAAAGGUUCUGUUGUUGAUGGAGAGUGGCGUCCGUUUGCACACCACCGAUUAUGUAAGGGAUAAGAGUAACACUCCUUCUGGGUUUACCCUCAAGUUGAGGAAACACGUACGUACAAGAAGGCUAGAGGAUGUGAGGCAGCUUGGUUAUGACCGGAUAGUCCUCUUUCAAUUUGGCCUGGGUUUGAAUGCAUACUAUGUUAUACUGGAGCUUUAUGCCCAAGGAAAUAUUAUCCUGGCAGAUUCAGAGUUCACGGUUAUGACACUUCUCCGAUCGCACAGAGAUGAUGAUAAAGGGGUUGCAAUAAUGUCACGCCAUCGAUAUCCUACAGAAAUUUGUCGGGUAUUUGAGAGAACUACCCCUCAAAAGUUCCAGGCUGCCCUUAAACUGUCCGAAGAACAGAAUGAUGAUAAGUCUCUGAUUAAUGGAGGCCGAAAAGAUGCAUCUGAAACAUCGACUGAAAAGAAAGGAGGUCGAAAGGGAGUGAAGUCAUCUGAGUCAGGCAAAAAUACCAAUGAUGGUACUCGUGGCAGACAAGCCACUAUGAAAGUAGUUCUUGGGGAGGCCCUAGGGUAUGGACCUGCACUUUCUGAGCAUAUCAUAUUAGACUCUGAUCUGGCUCCCAAUAUGAAGUUUCCUAAAGAAGACAAGUUAGAUGAUGAGACUGUUCAAAGAUUGAUCAAAGCUGUUGGGAAAUUUGAGGAUUGGCUGCAGGAUGUGAUCUCUGGAGAUACAAUUCCUGAAGGAUACAUUUUGUUGCAGAAUAAGAAUCAGAAGAAGGAGCUUCAUGCUCCUUCUGAAACUGGAAGCCAGAUCUACGAUGAGUUCUGUCCCAUUUUGUUGAACCAAUUCAAAUCUAGGGAGAAUAUCAAAUUUCAGACUUUUGACGCAGCUUUGGAUGAGUUCUAUAGUAAAAUUGAGAGUCAACGGGCAGAACAACACCAAAAGGCAAAAGAGGACUCUGCGGUUCAAAAACUUAAUAAAAUACGCUUGGAUCAGGAAAAUCGUGCGCACACACUAAGAAGAGAAGUUGACCGCUCUGUUAAAAUGGCUGAAUUGAUAGAGUACAACUUAGAAGACGUCGAUGCAGCCAUAUUAGCUGUUCGAGUGGCUCUUGCAAAGGGUAUGAGUUGGGAGGAUCUUGCUCGCAUGGUGAAAGAAGAGAAGAAGUCGGGUAACCCUGUGGCUGGUCUUAUUGACAAACUCCAUCUGGAAAGAAACUGCAUGACAUUGCUGUUAAGCAACAACCUUGAUGAGAUGGAUGAUGACGAAAAGACAGACCCUGCGGAUAAGGUUGAAGUUGAUUUAGCAUUAUCUGCGCAUGCCAAUGCCCGUCGGUGGUAUGAACAAAAGAAAAAGCAGGAAACCAAGCAAGAAAAGACCAUUACGGCUCAUGAAAAAGCUUUCAAAGCAGCUGAGAGAAAGACGCGUCUCCAGCUUUCUCAGGAAAAGACAGUUGCAACAAUUACUCAUAUGCGCAAAGUCCAUUGGUUUGAGAAAUUUAAUUGGUUCAUCAGCAGUGAGAAUUAUUUGAUUAUCAGCGGCCGUGAUGCUCAACAGAACGAGAUGAUAGUCAAGCGUUAUAUGUCAAAAGGAGAUCUGUAUGUACAUGCUGAUCUUCAUGGAGCAUCUAGCACAGUGAUAAAGAACCACAGGCCAGAGCAAUCUAUACCUCCUCUUACUUUAAAUCAAGCUGGAUGUUUUACGGUUUGUCACAGCCAGGCAUGGGAUUCAAAGAUCAUCACCAGUGCUUGGUGGGUCUAUCCCCACCAAGUUAGUAAAACUGCUCCCACUGGUGAAUAUCUUACUGUGGGAAGUUUCAUGAUCCGUGGAAAGAAAAACUUUCUACCCCCUCACCCUCUUGUGAUGGGUUUUGGGUUGUUGUUUCGGUUGGAUGAGAGCUCUUUGGGUUCACAUUUGAAUGAAAGGAGAGUGAGAGGUGAGGAGGAGGGCAUUGAUGAUACAGAAGAAAAUGCGUCUCUCCGAGAAGAACCUGAUACUGACUCUGAGAAGGAAGUGACAGAGGAGAAAAUCUCUGCCAAGUUGGAAAGAGUUCCUGAUUCCACAACAGAAAAUUUUGAACAUGCAUCAGAAUCCACAGCUAAAGAUAAUUUCACACACAAUGCCUCUGCAAUCUCCUCUUCUAGAGGUAGUGACCACGAUAACUUCCGUAUUGCGCAGAAUGGUACCCUGAAUGGUGGCGAUGGAAACAAUAUAGCUGAUGGUUUAGUAAAUGGUGCUGCUUCAAUGAACCCACAACUGGAUGAUCUCAUUGAUAAAGCACUUGGACUUGGAUCUGCUUCCCAGCCUAGUAUGAAUUAUAGGCUUCAAGCUUCUCAAUCAGAUUCGUUGGGAGAACGCAAUCAGGAAGAGAAAAAAGUUCCAACUAAUAAUAAACCUCAUACUUCAAAAGCUGAAAGAAGAAAACUCAAGAAAGGUAUGCAGAGUAAUGUUUCUGCGGAAACACUCGUGGACGAGGGAGUCAAUAAAUCAAAGGAAAGUGGAGUUUCUGCUGAUCAUUCUGAAAAACAAGUUCAAAGUGUGAAACCUGGCGGGGGGAAAAUCAGCCGUGGGCAGAGGAGUAAACUCAAAAAGAUGAAAGAGAAGUAUGCUGAUCAGGAUGAGGAAGAAAGAAGUAUUCGCAUGGCAUUAUUGGCUUCUGCUGGAAAGGCGCAAAAGAAUGAUGUUGAGUCACUGAAGGGAAAUGCAGCUCCACACAAGGAGAAACAACCUGUUAGUGGUCCAGAAGAUGUGCAAAAAAUAUGUUACAAAUGCAAAAAGGUAGGUCACCUUUCCCGUGACUGUCCAGAGCAUCCAGACGAUGCUUCACGAAGUCAUGCGAAUGGUGAAGUUGAGGUUCCGGGUCACUUGCCUUCAGGAGAUACUGUCUCUGAUAUGGACAGAGUAACCAUGGAGGAGGAGGAUAUUCACGAAAUUGGUGACGAAGAGAAAGAAAAAUUAAACGAUGUGGACUACUUGACCGGGAAUCCACUACCUAGCGAUAUUCUCUUGUAUGCAGUCCCCGUCUGUGGGCCAUACAAUGCAGUACAAUCGUACAAAUACCGUGUGAAGAUUGUCCCUGGAACUGCAAAGAAGGGAAAAGCUGCAAAAACGGCAAUGAACUUGUUUAGCCAUAUGCCUGAGGCGACAACUAGGGAGAAGGAGUUGAUGAAGGCUUGUACAGACCCUGAGCUGGUCGCCGCGAUCGUCGGCAAUGUGAAGAUCACUGCCGCGGGUCUUAAUCAGCUAAAGCAGAAGCAAAAAAAGGCCAAGAAGAGUGGAAAACAAGAGAGGUAGCGAGAAAACAGUAGUCUGUGAUCUAACAAUAGUUGCUCUAUAAGGUUUGAAGAUGGAGAUACCGUUUUUCUUUUGAUAGAAAGUUAAUUUUUCUUGUUUUUUAAAACUUUUACAAUUCUGGAAUUUAGAGAGGUGUAAAGGAGUACUUUGUACAGAA